AUGAGUAACCUCAGCUGCCUGCCCCUAGUCACCCUCAACCUGCAGACUGGAAACCUGCUCAACUGCAAGAAGUGCCUAGCCACCCCCAGCAAGGAGGUGCAGGACUUCAUUCAGAAAACACUGACUGAAUGGAGCUCAAAGACAGGACAAGAUCUGAAUCAGGAAAUAGUGGAGGUUCCAGAAUGUACUGUAGCUCAAGCUGUAGAAAAAAUGAAUCCUGAAGAAAGGGAUGAGUUGAAAGUAUCAGCAAAACUUUUCAUCAUUGGAUCAAACUCUUCAUCAGUUAGAGAUGAAGUUGACAUGGCAUGUUCAGCCCUUGGGAUUGCUCAGUUAGAUUCAGUCAUUAUUGCCCCACCUCCUAUUGAAGAUGGAACUAGCCUCUCAGUGUAUUUGCAACAUUCUUGGCAAGAACUUGAAAGUCUGGUUCAAAAUAAAAAGAUUACCACCAUAAGUACCUCUGACCUUGAUAAAAUGCUGUUAGAACAGCUGUAUGUGUGGGCACAGGUGAAACCCAGUAGUAAUCAUGUGAAUCAAGCUUCCUGUUGUGUGAUGCCACCUGAUCUUACAGGACUUGCAAAACAGGUUGACAUAAGGUUGCUAAGUAAUAAAGACCCAAAAGAAUUACUUUGUGAAGCAAGGUUCCAAGAAGUUCUUUGGGAAAGCAUCCAGAAUGUCAAAGCACAUAAAUGGAUUCCUUUAUGGAUUCUCCGAUAUUCAGUCAUUGUUAAAAGCAGAGGAAUUAUCAAGUCCAAAGGCUAUAUCAUGCAAGCUAAAAUAAAUGCCUCUUAAAACACUCGUAUCCUUUUUUUUUUUUUCUUUUUUUUUUUUUUUUCCUUCUUUUAAAUGGCCUACUCUUUUAAUUUCUUGGGGAUAGGGGAACUUUGUUUUUUUCCUAGAGAGACUUUUACAAUAUUUAUAACAAAGAACAAAAGCUAUAAUUAUUCAGUGUGAUGUUAGCAGGAGUGUCUGCAGUGCUCUAACACUAUUUUUCUUUCUUAACCUAUUAACCAGUGCAUUA